UCCGGUUUCCUCUAUUUGAUUCCUAAGAUGGCGGACCGGCGGCGGCGAAGGAGGCGCGCGUCCCAGGACAGCGAUGAGGACGAUGAAUCUGUGUCGGGAUCGGAUAGCGAAAAGUCCCUUUCAACAACGAUAAAGCCCCGUGGAGGGGAUCCUGAACCUAUUGAGUCACCUGCUGUCCGUGUGGUUCCAAAAAUCGACGCUGAAUCUGAAUGUGAAAGUGAAGAUGGCGUGGGAGAAGCUGUCAUUUCAGACUAUGAAAGUGAAGAUCCUGACAAAAAUUGCUCCCAUUCAGAGGGUGGCGAUGACGAAGAAGAAGAGGAUGAAGUCCAAACGCCAGCCGCUGAGGCCAAGCCCAGCCCUGUCUUGGAUACUGACACCCUAGCUGCGGACGAGCUGCACGAAGGAGUGGAGGAAGAUGAGGGGCAGGAAGGGAAGAAGGAGGAACGUGUGAGUAAAGAAGUAAAGUGUGAAGAUAAAGACAACCUGGCAGGGGAACGGCAAAGCGGGGACGGCCAGGAAAGCACAGAUGACCCGGAGAAUAAAGGGACUAAACCAGGCCUCAAAUUGGAUGAUGAUCAGGAUCGGAAUAACCCUGCCUACAUCCCUCGUAAGGGAAUGUUCUUUGAGCAUGAUGUCAGGGGUAGCACACAGGAGGAGGAGCGGCCUAAGGGCCGUAACCGAAAGCUGUGGAAGGAUGAGGGCCGCUGGGAGCACGACCGGUUCAGGGAGGAGGAGCAGGCACCCAAGUCACGGGACGAGCUGAUUGCCAUCUAUGGCUAUGACAUCCGCAAUGGGGGUGACCGCUCCUACAGACAGCGCAAGCCCAGACACAGCACCUCCCCGGUCCGGGACAAGCGCUGGCGUGACGGAGACAGGGAGAGGCCAGUCCGUGGCUCCUGGCAGCAGGGGGGGAACCCCAACAGCCGUGCGCCCCCAGCCUCAUCCCCGCAGCAGUCUGGCACUUCCCCCUUGAACGCCCCCAACACCCAGCGCAACCCCACCUCCACCACCCGGCCCUCCCCACAACCCCCACCCCGUGGCUUCCAGGGCAACAGGCCCCCCCAGGCCCAGCACAGGGUCGACAGGAACCAGGAGUCCCAGCGACCGGGCCCCAAGGCCGAGCCCACCCAUAUCCGGAGCUCGCCCUCCGUGGACGGGGAGCGGACCCCCAGGGGCAGGGGGGGCUGGGGGUCUCACACGGAGCGCAGCCCCUCGGUAGUGGUGGAGGACGUUCGCAGCGAGGAGGAUGAUGAGCAGAGUGCCGCCACGGCAACGGCGUCACAAUCCGCCUACCACCACAACCACGGCGGCAAGGGGGACCGGGAGAGGGAGAGUGACACCCCCCGACGACAAGAGCAGCACAGGGGUGGGUCUUCCCCCGCGGCGGACAGCACGGCCACGCGUGACGCCUCCCCGCCCCCCGAGCGGCCCGUGGAAAAGAAGUCAUACUCCCUGGCCCGGAGGACUCGUACCCGGCCCACAGAUUUGGGGAAGCAGGCCUCCCUGGAGGAGUCUGCCCCCGGUGUCUCUCCCUCGACUCUGAAGAGUGAGCCGUGGCAGGGCCCUGGGCCGAGGCAGGGUGAGGGCGAUCCGGGAAGCGGUAGCCAGGGAACCGGACUCACUGGGCUGGACCAGAACCUGGCCAGGCUCAGCCUGGCCGGGCAGAACUGGGCCCAGAAUCAACCCUCAUACCUACGUGCUGAGAUGAGCGGCAUCCCUAACAAUAUGCAUAUGGGGGGAGGAUCUGCCCAGUACAGCAACAUGGAAGAAAUGGGGGCUGGGAACCGGGCGAAGCGCUACUCGGCCCAGCGCCAGAGGCCCGUCCCAGAGCCAGCUGCUCCUAUGCACAUAGGGGUCAUGGAUGGCCACUACUAUGAACCCAUGUCUUACCAAGGACCAAUCUACACCCAUGGGGAUGGCCCCGCCCCUCUCCCGCCCCAGGGCAUGCUGGUCCAGCCUGAGAUGCACCUUGCCCACCCAGGUCUCCAUCCGCACCAGUCGGCCGGCCCCAUGCCUAACCCGGCUCUCUACGCGGCUCCAUCCGUCUCCAUGUCCCCCGGACAGCCGCCUCCCCAGCAGCUGCUUGCCCCGCCCUUCUAUCCUCCACCAGGGGUCAUGACCUUUGGGAACACCAACUACCCCUAUCCAGCAGGAGCCAGCCUGCCCCCCAUGUACAACCCCCAGGCCCAGUCCCAGGUGUAUGGUCAGUCCCAGGUGUAUGGGGGAGUGACGUACUACGACACCAUGCAGCAGCAGGCCCAGCCCAAACCGUCUCCUCCUCGUCGCUCCUCCCAGCCCGUCACAGUCAAACCUCCCCCGCCCGAGGUAGCGUAUGUCCCGGAGUGAGCCCCAAAACCCCAGCGACCCCCACCAACCUACCAACAACUGGACCACAGUGGGAAGCCCGGUCAGGAGGUCAGAUCCUAGGACGACGUUCCGAGUGGAUGUGUCCAUCGGAAGAACGAAGGGGGCGCGGUCUUCAGUCAAGGACCAGCACCAUGUGUUUAGUGGAUAAAUAGGAUUAUUUUCAUCGAAGGACAUUCUGCCUUGUUUAGACACGCCGGCGGGUUGUCCUUCACUGUACUGGGGCUUUUUCUCAUUCACCUGUUCUUGUCCACCUUUCAGUGUUUUGCCCCUCAGUGGUUUUUACCUAUUGACUCGAGUGUUGUCUUAACCUGAAAAAUAUCACCUGAUAAAGCGUAAACAAAAGCCCGUCCUAACAACUCCCUAAGAAUUUGGUGAAAACGUCAACAAUGAAAUUUGUUCGUCGGCUCCUUCUAACAAACUGUCGCUCAACUGUAAGUGUGUUAAUGCAAAACGCGUUGUCAGCUGGAACCGUUUUUUUGUAUUUUUUUAAAGACUGGCUUUAAUGCGUACUGUAUGUAAAGUAUUAUGACGAGUUCUGAACCUGGUUGGCUGUUUUUGGGCUGUCUCAGGCACCAGACCCAACCUCUGACAGUCUCCCAGUCUAUCCAUUACUUUGCUUUUUGUCUCUGUCAGAAUGUCCCCAUUUCGUCUGUCAGCAGCAUCCUAGCUCACUUACUUACGGUCCCCUAAAUGUGUCUUGCAUACAGAUGGUGCUUACCUGUAGCUAAUAGCGUAGAGUCUGAUACGAACCUCUCCAGUUAGCAAGACUGUGAGGCAUGUCAACGUUCUGUUUGUUUUUUUCUCUUGAUACCUUCCACACUGUACAAUUAUUAUAAUUACUUUUUUUUAAUGUAAUACUGUAUAACCAGACAACCAUUUAACCUUGCCUGAUACUGGCGUACCGUUCAGUGCUACUGCUUGGUGAUAGCUUUCUAAUGUAAGUGUAUAUAGAUAAAUGUAUAUUACAACCUGUGGUCUAAAUGAGCAGUAAUACUACCACAUUGUUCCGAAUGAAUACUGUUGCUAGGAACAAACGUCGACAGGGACCGUCAGUUUGUAUUCUGGAUGCAGUUUGCUGGACUGAUCAGAUUGCCGAUUCUCUGGUUUUCCAGAUUAAAUCUUUUGUUUUGGGGUAGUGUGUUUUGUUUUUAUUCCCAUUAUUUUCCUAUCAAUUCUUUUGUAUAAGUGACCAGUGAACUGAAUCUGAAUUUUUCAUUUUGACAGUUCAUCCCAACAUUUUAUUUCCCUAUAUAAAUUUAACUUCCAGAUCUACAUACAUGCAUGUUAUUGAAACAGAAAUCUGGUUGUCAGUUCAGUUGGUGCUGGUGGCUACAUGCUGUUACUGUGUCCAACUGGGGUAAGUUGAUAGAUUGUUAAAAUGUUUUUUCAGCCAUUGACCCAAAACGGUAUAAACUAAAUUUAGUUUUAUUAAAAGCUUGUAAGAAUAUUAUUUAAAAUGUUAAAUUUUCUCUGCCUUAAUGAUAAAUUGGUUUGACACGUUUUCUUUUGACUAGACCUGCCAACACUGUGAGGGCUUGUAUGUUUCAUAGAUGUUUCAGUAUGUGUUUUUGUUGUUUGUGGUCUGGAGCUUAUUUUGUGAACACAAACAUUAAACAAACGCUAGGAGAA